GCAGCAGGGGAGUGAGUGAGGCGUAGUUCAUCGAAGUUGGCUGUACUGUCUCGACUUAGGACCUCUUUUUAACCCUCUCCAUUCUAUACUGAACCGAAUGGGGCGCGGAAGCAUAGUGACUGUUGAAUGUGUAGCGCUGAAUCGUGUCAAAGUGUAAAUUUGUCUCACUGCAUUGCAGCCACUAGAGCUGCUGUGGAAUCAAAGAGCUCCACAAUGGCGACUCCCAGUCACAGCACCAACUCACCAACUUCAUGCAAUAGGAGCAUUAGCGCUGUGGGAUCCGUGCUGCACCAUCCGCAACUGCAGACGCAACACUUAACGAAAGUGAGCAACAUGCAGGAUUCCAACACGUGCUGGAGGUGUCAAAAUGAAACAGGAUUUCAAAUAAAUCUGUCUGGAGUAACCCAAAGUAAACGCAAAGCACUUAAGUUAAACUUUGCUAAUUCACCAGUCAAACCAACCGCAAGGCUCCCCAUCGCGACGGCUAACCCUCCUUUCCAGAAUCCACACAUACAGAGGCUGCGGACACACAGUAUUGAGUCGUCAGGGAAACUGAAGAUUUCUCCAGAGCAGCAUUGUGACUUCACGGCUGAGGACCUGAAGGAUCUGGGGGAGAUCGGAAGGGGAGCGUACGGCUCGGUUAACAACAUGGUGCAUAAACCUAGUGGUCAGAUCAUGGCUGUCAAGAGGAUUCGCUCCACUGUUGAUGAGAAGGAACAGAAACAGCUUCUCAUGGAUUUAGAUGUAGUGAUGAGGAGUAGCGACUGCCCAUAUAUUGUCCAGUUCUACGGAGCACUCUUCAGAGAGGGUGACUGUUGGAUAUGUAUGGAACUUAUGUCUACCUCCCUCGAUAAAUUCUACAAAUAUGUAUAUUGUGCAUUAGAUGAUGUCAUUCCAGAGGAAAUAUUAGGCAAAAUUACAUUAGCAACUGUGAAAGCACUGAAUCACUUGAAAGAAAACUUGAAAAUAAUCCACAGAGACAUCAAACCAUCCAACAUUCUUCUGGAUAGAAAUGGCAACAUCAAGCUCUGUGAUUUUGGUAUCAGUGGACAGCUGGUUGAUUCAAUUGCCAAGACCAGAGAUGCAGGAUGCAGACCUUAUAUGGCUCCUGAACGAAUAGACCCCAGUGCCUCUCGACAAGGCUAUGAUGUCCGCUCAGAUGUUUGGAGUUUGGGAAUAACAUUGUAUGAGCUUGCCACGGGACGUUUUCCUUACCCUAAAUGGAACAGUGUGUUUGAUCAGCUGACACAGGUGGUGAAAGGAGACCCACCUCAGCUCUGCAACUCAGAGGAGAGACAGUUUUCUCCCAAAUUUAUCCAGUUUGUCAAUCUUUGCCUUACAAAGGAUGAGUCAAAAAGGCCAAAGUACAGAGAACUGCUGAAGCACCCAUUUAUCCUGAUGUAUGAAGAGCGAGUUGUGGACGUUGCCAGUUAUGUAUGUAAAAUUCUAGAUCAAAUGCCCACCUCCCCUAGCUCUCCCAUGUAUGUUGACUGAUGGUAACCGGUCUGUUGGGUAAGAGGAUGGCCUGGCAAUCAUUUGGUGUACAUACAGCGUCUCGCAAAACGUUUAGACCCUUUACCAAUUCCCAUUUUACUGAAUUGCAAACACUACUUUGAAAUUUUGAUCUCUGUCUUCAAAAAACUGAAAUUCAGAAUGAAUUAUUUUAAAAGUGACAUUGGCUUCUUUGUGCAGAAUUUGAAUCCUUUUAGAACUUAGUAUUUCAUUUUGAGUUUAAGUGCUUAGAAAAAAAAUAUCACUAAGACCAAAACAAUAAUGUAAUGCAGGGUUUGUAAUUUUGUUAAAUGAGACAAAUAGUUAAGGGUCUAAGUAUUCCCUCUAGGCACCAUAAUUGUACUAUCACAUAUGUACAAACACAUUAUUGUGUUUAAAGAGAAAUACUCAACAAUAAUUCUAAAAUGUUUUGUGCAAUAAAGAUUAGUAAAGGCUCUCAUUUAAAAGCCAUUUACAUUGUGGAGUUUAAACAGGAGUUAUCUAGCUUCAAAGUUCAGCAAAACAGCCUUUCUUAAUUCUUUAUAUGAUGCUACAUUUUGUGUUUGUGAAAUCGUUUGGGAAUAUUAAUGAACAAAACUUGAAUUUGCUCAUUUAGGAUCAUCAGAUCAAGCUUUGUCUGUUAGUUGAUCAUGGGUAUGAUUACCAAAAUGACAUCAUUAUGAAACAAUCUUCUGCGUUUGGUGUUUUGCUUCAUAUGUGUACAGAUAAUCAGCAAAAUAACACCAUGCACACAAACACAUUUUACAUCAUUGUCACCCUUUCUCUAUUUAAUGAAUCAGUAUGCAAAGGUAUUGUUCUGCGUUGAUGAAAUGUGUUAAUUAGCUUUACUUGUGCAAUAUGCAAUAUUAUGUCAUAAAGAUCCAAAUGGUUUUCACUAUAUCAAAGUUUGCUUAGUUAGAUUUACAGGGCACUUAUCCACUGUAAAUGUAUAUUUAUACAGGCGUUUUCUCAGUAACAUUGAGGAAUCUGCUUUAUUCACACAUUUUUUAAGAUGCUCGUCCUCUCCACAGACUGCCCGUUUUCCUGAAGUCACAUUUUGGCUUGACAAUUUUGUUUGCUUGGAUAGAAUGUGUCUGGGGCCCUCAAAUGAUAAUUCAUUGACGGGUCACUUAUUUUUAAAGAUGUACAGUGGUUAUCAAAUCAUUUGUGGUAAAUGGCUUGAUUGCACAUUAAUAUGGCACCUGAUAGUGUUGAAAGUUUUAUUGAGAGUUUCAUAUUUUUAAAAAGUAUCAGAAUGGAAAAAAACUAAAGAAUUGCCACAUCAUGUUAGCUCACUAAUAUAUGACAUUUACUCGUCAAUAGUCCUUGUGUUUAUUUUUAAAAGAUCAACUUUCCAGUUUCACAGUCGUAAGAAAAACCUCUUAAAUGAUAUCAAAGAAUUAAUAGUGUGCAAAUUGCAAUAUCAGAAUAUUUAGUAACGUGGUAUAAUAAUUUUUUUUGGGCAAUGUGUAUUAUUAUAUUGUAUCAAGAGUGGAAAAUAUGUACAGAAAAGUUAUCACUGUGAAAAUAUUUUAAGUGUAUGGUGAGAACAGUAAACCGUAACAAUUGUAACAAGGAAAUGUGCAGGGAUAAUGGCAUAUAUGUUCAGGUUGAGAUAUAUUAACCUUUGACUGCUUCGGGCUCUUUGUCUUAUACACGUCACAUUUAAUGAGGACAUCUAAGAAACCAAGUUCACAUUAUUAAUAUUAUGAUCCAAGUAUUUGCCUGCAGGUCAGUUGUUACAUAAUUUGGAUGUAGCUGUGACCUUAUUGUCAUACUGCUCUGUUUGAUUUGAACACACAUAUGGGCUAAAUGCUAGAAUAAAACCAAGUAAUCAGUUAUUCUUUGUGUGUGCGUGUAUAUUUAUAGUAUAUACCUACACUCAAUAAUUAGCAAGAUUACAUAACCCUCAAAAAA